AUUAUUUUCUUUACAAAUUAUCAAAGAAACAUGACUAAGAUGAUGAUGUGCAUUUAUUACUAGAAAUUGAUAAAGAGUUUGUCGCUCAUGGCAAAGUUAAGCUUCCACAAUAUUUGUCUCCUAAUUGUUUUCUUUACAAGUUUUCUCAUCACAGACACUUGCUCUGGCCUAUUGAAGAACCAUGUGGCUUUGUUCAUCUUUGGAGAUUCACUAUUUGAUGCUGGAAAUAAUAACUACAUCAACACCACUUUCAGAUCUAAUUACAAGCCUUAUGGCGAAACCUUCUUUCACCACCCUACUGGUAGAUUUUCGAAUGGCCGAUUAAUUUCAGAUUUCAUUGCUGAGCGUGCGAAGUUGCCACUAAUUCUACCAUAUCUACAGCCUGGAAUCGAUCAUCAAUUGACAUAUGGGGUGAACUUCGCAUCAGCAGGAGCUGGUGCUCUGCUUGAAACUCGCCAAGGAUUGGGGAUAGACCUUCAAACUCAACUUGGUUAUUUCAAAAAUGUUAGCAGGCAAUUGAGGAAGCAGCUUGGGGAUGCAGGGGCUAAAUCCUUGCUAUCCAGAGCUGUUUACUUGUUUAGUGUUGGAGGCAAUGACUACACACUCCCUUUUGAGAUCAACUCCACCGUUCCUCAUUCCUACUCGCCAAAACAGUUUGUGGGGUUGGUGAUAGGCAACAUAACCACAGUAGUCAAAGAAAUAUAUGAGAACGGAGGUAGGAAAUUCGGGUUUGUAAAUAUGUUGCCAAUAAGCUGUUUUCCAUCUGCAAAAGCAUUGCUUGGAAUAUCGUUUGGUAUUCGCUCCACGGGGGGACGAUGCUUUGAACAAAUUACACCCUAUGUGAAGCUUCACAACAAAGAACUUCCCAAGCUUCUUCAAAAGCUACAAAGCGAGUUAAAGGGAUUCAAAUAUUCACUUUUACCAUUUUAUUCCUUUUUGGACCAACGGAUAAAUCACCCUUCUAAAUAUGGUUUCAAAGAAGGAAAAGCAGCAUGUUGUGGCAGUGGACCAUACAGAGGUAGUAGAAGCUGCGGAGGAAAAAGGGGUGUGAAAGAGUACUAUCUAUGUAAGAAUGUAAGUGAAUAUGUCUUCUUUGACUCUUCUCAUCCCACUGAAAGGGCCAACCAGCAAUUUGUCAAUCAAUCAUGGAAUGGAAAACCCACUCUCUCUGGCUCUCACAGCCUCAAAGCCCUAUUCGAAUCUUAUUAAAAAAAGUAUA